AUGGCCAACAAGUUCCGUGCUAAGAAGGUGAAGGCACCUUACAAACGAUAUGUAUACAGUUCUGGUGAAGGUACGGAACCACGACAAGCAAAUGAUAGUAAUCAAGAUGAACAACUACGAUCCAAGCUUAAUAUAAGAACGGUCCAUGUUCUUACAAGACAAGAUAGCAGCAUAGAAGAAGGAGACAGCAUAAAGCACAAGGUCAGAUCAUAUGUAUGGCCCCAGAGUCAGUUUCAAAAGGUUGAUCUAGUGCGAUGCUAUCUAGACAAAGGCAAUAAGGAAUAUGAAGCAUCACGACUACAACAACAACAAGAUGAUUAUGACGAAGUGGGUGACCAUGAAGCAGAAGAAGAUGACGACGACCGACAUAAUAUGAUGAAGUUACCCAUUGAAGUGAUGAAACAAAUCUUUGAAAUCCUACAUUAUCAGGGCCAUUUGACUAGCAAAUAUAUGAUAUUGAAUAAAGCCAUUUAUGGUAUAGUUGCACAAAUCAUAUAUGGGCACCCAUGGUUGUAUCCCAAUAAUUUCAACUCGUUCACUGAAGUGAUUACCCGUAACAAAUCGUUGGGCGGAUAUAUUCAAACACUUGAUCUAACCAAUAUCAAUCAUGGAGGGAAGAAUGCCUCUAUAUCCAAGCUACUUAAAAGAUCAGGUAAGAGUCUCAGGAAAUUUGUUGCCCCUCAAACCAGUUUUGGAUUGGGUCCAUUGGUUUCGUUGAAGAAUUGUCCUCGAUUGAAAGUAUUGGAUCUACGAUUAGUUUCUGAAGCCAUGAACUUGUUUGAGUUGUUCAAAGCUAUAAAGAAUCAUCAUGAGUUGACACAUUUGUCACUACCUCGGUGUUCUAUCCAAUCAUCAAAUGAAGAUGAAGAAUAUGAUUUUGAAUGGCCUCCCAGAUUAUCAUUUCUUCAUAUAUCUGGAGGGAUAUCUGAUGAAUUUAUAAUCCAAACUCGAUUCCCCUCCACUAUAUGUGAGUUGGAAUUGUCCCAUUGCUCUUCGUUACGUGAUAUUGGUUUUGUUGAUGUGCUACUGAAAAUAGGUAAGAAUUUAACCAGUCUCCGGAUUCAAUACCCAAUGUCAAUAUCCAAUGCGGGAGACAGUGUGUUCUUGUAUUGUCCCAACUUGAUCACUUUGGAGGUUAAUGUUGAUUACAUACUGCUGUCGUUCUUUGAUGAGCAUAAUCUUAAAUAUUUACCUUAUCAGCGUCCUUUAAAGAACUUGAGGUUAGGGUCUAGUGGUACUUUAGGUACAUACAACAGAAUUGAACCUGUUGAUUUGGCUGUGGCUUUGGAUGAAGGCAGAUUACCAAAGUUGAAGCAUGUACAGGUUAGUACUACGUUGGGUUGGAUGAAUGGAUAUCCGGAAGAUUGUUUGGAGUAUGUCAUUGAAACAUUGGAUGAACGUAAUGGCCUGUUUAGAGUGUAUAUGGGUGCACUUAAAGCUAAACUUGAUAAACGAGAUCGUUUGAACCUAUCACUUCUCUUAACGUUGGGAGUGAUCAUUAGGCUUUACAAUAUCCCCUGGCCCUCCCACGUUGUGUUUGACGAAGUCCAUUUCGGUACCUUUGUCAACGAAUAUAUAACUGGCGAUUUCUUUGUUGACGUUCAUCCACCUUUAGGGAAGUUGCUCUACUAUUGGAUCGCAUUGGCCUUUGGGUACACUGGUGAUUUCGACUUUAGCAAAAUAGGUAACCCCUACACUGAAAACGUUCCUUAUGUUCCCUUGAGACUCUUUAGUGGUGUAUGUGGUGUAUUGACAGUAUUGAUAGCUUACAUCACGCUUAGAGCUUCGUUGUGUCGUCCCAUGGUUGCCUUCUUUGGUGCCACCUUGGUCCUCAUUGAAAACUCCUUGGUUACUCAAUCAAGAUUUAUCUUUUUGGAUUCUCCCAUGAUCUUAGCCAUUUCCAUCGCUGUAUUGGGGACCAUCAAGGUGGACGUAACCAAACCAUUCACAUCCAAGUGGUGUCUGUUGUUGAUCUUAACUGGUGUGGGUCUUGGAUGUGCUGUCUCGAUUAAGUUUGUUGGUGUGUUUACGUUGGUGUGGGCUACGACUUUAACAUUGAUCAAAUUAUGGCAGUAUUUGGGCGAUCUACAAGUAACUAAUCUUCAAUUGAUUAUGCAUUCGUUUGGUAGACUUGUGGCUCUUGUGUUGAUUCCCUUGACGAUAUUCUUGGGAGUGUUCAUCACCAGUUUAUCAGCAUUGCCUUAUUCGGGUGUAGGCAUAGGAUAUUUACCCGCAAAGAUUCAAUCUACUUUCAAUGAUUCAGAUAUCUUGAAAAAUGUGCCUGUGGAAGUGGCUUUUGGUAGUACAAUUACCUUGAAACACCGUCCAUUGCAAGUAUAUCUCCAUUCACAUAACUUCACCUAUGAAUCAGGCAGCCACGAACAACAAGUUACCGGGUACACGUUUGCAGAUGAUCCUGAGAACGAAUGGAUCAUUGAAACUAAAAACCAACAACCAUUGGAGAAACUACAUGGCUAUUUAAGAUAUGUUAAAGACGGUGAUAUCAUUCGUUUAUACCAUAAGUCUACAGGGAAAUAUUUACAUGUCAAUGAUGUUAGACCCCCAGUUCUGGAACACGAAUAUGCCAAUGAAGUUAGUUGCAAUGGUACUCGAGAAAUCUUGGGAGAUAUCAACUAUGAAUGGAAGGUUAAAAUCCUUGACACUGAAAGUCAUAGUAAGAAUAAUCUACCUAAAAUUAAAGUUAGAGCAACAGAAUCGAUUUUCCAAUUGAUUCAUCAGGGUACCAAAUGUAUUUUGAUGUCUCAUGAUACUAAAUUACCCAGUUGGGGGUUUGGUCAAAGGGAAAUCGUUUGUAUUAAUGAGCCAACUUUAGACAAUACUUUAUGGACCGUUGAGUUCAAUUCUCAUCCUCUAUUAGACAAUGAUGUGGAUAAUCAUGAUCGAGUUGAUUUCGGAAAGGUAUCACUUUGGUCUAAAGUGUAUUAUAUUCAUAAGGCAAUGUUCCAAUUGAAUAAAUCCUUAACUGAAAAGCAUAACUAUGCUUCUGAACCUGCUACAUGGCCAUUCCUCAUUAGAGGAGUGAAUUAUUUCCGUACAGAUACAGAAAAUGUCUUAACAGAUGAAACAGGAAGUUCAGUGUAUUUAUUAGGGAAUAUGGCCAUUUAUUAUGUUUCACUUGUGGUGAUAUUGGUUGUUCUUUUCAAACAAACUUGGUAUUUUUUCAAUGCCUUGAACCCAUUUUUAAUCACCACUUAUCCUAACCAUAAACAAAAUUUUUAUGAUUGUUCAUUGAGAUUUUUAUUAGGUUGGUUGAUGCAUUAUAUCCCAUAUUUCAACAUGGAAAGACAGUUGUUCCUUCAUCAUUAUUUGCCUAGUGUAUAUUUCGGCAUAUUGUUGGUUGCACAAUAUAUUGAGUAUCGUAUGGCUGGAAACCAAUCCAUUGGUUAUAUGAUGAUGAUCUCCAUCUCUGCAGGUGCCAUGUACUGCUUUGUUCAGUUUUUUCCUAUCAUUUAUGGACUGGAAUGGACUGUCCAUGGAUGUCUUCAAAGACAAUGGUAUUCAACUUGGGAUAUGAGUUGUAUGUCUUAUACCAAACUAGAUUAA